UUAUUAUUAUUUUACCUUUUUUUGCCUUUAUUUUUAAAUUUUUUUUGCCUUUACCCAUGUAUUUCACCAUGCGUACGCACGUGUUGCCGCGGUGCUGCCGCAAGCGCAGCCGGGGAGCCGGGGCACUCGUGGAUCCUCGCUCGGGAAGGAUCAGCUUAGAUCGAGGGAGGGUCUUGCUGGCAGCAUUAACAAAUCCGGGAUGGGAGCAGGAUGGCUCGUAUGCUCUCCUUCCCAAGCAGCAGGGGCGUAAAUGCACUGAACUGAUCCAUGCUGGAAACAUCCCGGUGGCUUCAGUCAGGAAGAACUGCUGAAAAUAUGGAAGGGCCUUUUCUAUUGUAUGUGGAUGCAGGAUAAACCUCUGCUUCAGGAGGAACUUGCAGCCAAUAUCUCCCAGCUUAUCCACGUGUUUCAGAAUACAGAGACUCGACACCUCUUCAUCCAGACAUUUUGGCAGACGAUGAACCGGGAAUGGAACGGGAUUGACAAUCUGCGUCUGGACAAGUACUACAUGCUGAUGCGUCUGAUUUUGAGGCAGUCCUUUGAAGUGCUGAAAAGAAAUGAAUGGGAUGAGGGUCUAGCUGAACCAUUGCUGCAGCUAUUAAUGAAAGAAGUUAUGGACCCAGACAGCAAUUCUCCCACUGGCAUAAAGUUCCAUUUCAUUGAUAUCUAUCUGGAUGAAUUGGCUAAAGCUGGUGCAAAGGAGCUCACAGCAGACCAGAAUCUCAAGUUCAUCGAACCUUUCUGCAAAAUUGCUGCCAAAUCAAAGGAUCGGCGUGUGCUCCAUGCUGUGGCCACCGGUGUCUUUGAGAUGAUCGUGGAUCAGUCCCCCUUCGCCAUCGAGGACCUGAUGAAAGAGCUGGGUACCAACAGUGAUGAGGAGAAUGUUUCUGAAGAAGGCAAACAGGAAAAUGAAGAGAUGCUUAAAACCAAAGCAAACAGAUGUCUGUCAAGAAAAUCAGCACAGAACUCCAAAAAAACAGAGGAUAUCGAUGAAAAUGCUGAUGAUGGGAUCGGGACUGUUCUACAGUUUGAUUACAAGGCUGUGGCUGACAAAAUCUUUGAAUUUGCAAGCAAGAAAAAUACACCUUCGUUGAACAGAAAGCGGCUGUACAAGCUGGUCAAAAAGUUCCAGGACUUAGCAGAAGGAAUCUUCCCCCAGGAUAUUCCUGAAGAUGUUUCUACAGAUGAAGAUGAUGAUGAAUCCGGUAGGCGAAAGAAAAAGAAAAAAGCUGUCAAGCCUUGGCAACAAAAUGAGCUGGAAAAUGUAAAAGAGGAUAAAGAAGAGCUGUCAAGUGAGAAGGUGCCAUCAGUUCCCCAGAGGAAGAGGAAAAAAAGGAAGAAGAGGGACAGCCAAAGUGCUGAUGGAAAUUGUGAGGAGGGAAAAGCUGAAACAUCUGGAUCCAAUGCUUCUAGCCAGGAAAAGGUGCCAGAAAAUAAAAAGGAGAGGAAGAGAAAGAAAUUGCUGGUAAAUGAGGCCAGUGAGACCACAGAUGUAGCAACUGACACCAGAGAAAAUCAGAGUAUCUGUGUGCAGAACAGUCUGACUGAUGCAGAACAGAGUAAAAAGAGUCAGUUGAAGAAAAUGAAUCCAAAAGUGCAGAAUGUUCCUGCAAAACCAGCGUGUCAGAAUGGACCAGCCACUGCCAGUGCAGCAGAGGAUGUCAGCCCUUCUGUGACGUCGUUACCUCCUAAAGCUGUGAAAAAGAAGCAGAAAGCAGGAGCUGUCCUGGUGAAUGGGGAUCCCCCUGUGCAGCAAACUGACCUGAAACCCAGCAAGGAAGGCUUGCUGGGGACCCUGCCAAGAAAGGGUGAAUCUGCACCCUCCAGAAAGGUCACACUGAAGACAAAGUUAGUUGGUUUGGAAGGGAUGAAAGUCUCCACUCAGAAUGCAGCAACUCUCAAAAAGAAGAGAAAAGUGAAAGAGGUGCUAAACUCCGUCGAAGCCAAUGGAGUUCUGGAGACUGUGUGCAAGAAAAACAGGAAGGUGGAAAGCAGUGCUGCUCUGUCACCAUUAAAGAAAAAGAAGGUGAAACCAGGAAGUGAUUUUGUAAAAUUUGAAAAAUCAACUGUACCAAAGGCGGUGUUCUUCAGGAAAGCCAGAAGCACCAUCUCCUCCACCAGGACACCCAUGCAGCUGAACAAACUGCAGACACCCAGCUCCAAAAAAGUCACGUUUGGCUUGAAUAAAAACAUGACUGCAGAAUUUAAAAAGACUGACAAAAGUAUAUUAGUGAGCCCAGAAGGACCCUCCCGUGUGGCUUUCAAUCCUGAACAGAAACCUCGUCAUGGGGUGCUGAAGUCACCCACAGUGACCCCAGCAAAAGAGCCCCAAGUGAAGAGACCAUUUACAAUGUCAGCUAAGAAGAGACCAACUGCUGUGGACUUCUUUUAAACCAACAAAUGUGGCCUACUUUUGUACAGGACAUUUUGCUAACCUAGAAUGUUCUCUGGAGGUAUUUUGAAGUUCUUUAUUUUUUUAAGUUAAUACAAAUUGUAUAUACAAAAUUCUGAUUAUGACCUGGGUCAUUGCUAUUUUGAAACCACUUCAGCUCUAUCUUGAAAUACUUGUUUUGUCUUUUUACAGAAAAGAAACAAAAUCCAGUCUCUGCUCAGGUUUGGUCUACAAAAAGUAUGGUCUCUGCCCAUGUCAUUCCCAAGAGACUUGUCCAUUUAGACAGAGGUUAAAUUGGAAAAAGGCAAUGCAAAUUUUAAGCCUACUUGGUCAUGUGUUUUAAAAUUCUACUCUGUCAUUUUUCAUGUGUCAUCCCUGGCAUCCUGUUAAUUCUUCUGGAAAUAAUGAUUACCUUGUGUGUCUGUUUAAUACCAGCUGGACUUGGGUAGCUUUGCAGCUAGCAAGUGAGCUUUCCCUAGGAUAAGAAACCCUUAGCUGUUGUUCAAGUGGUCACUGGUGCAAAUAAACCUUCACAGCUGAUUGCCUGCUGAGUUUGGGACAAGUCACCACAUUAUUUUCAGUAAUGCAAGUGCCAAGGCUGGCUUGAGCCUCUCACACUGUGAGCUGGCUCCUUCUCUUCACUGAACUGAAAUUAGUGCUCUUGCCCAGUAGAAAUCUUAGACAUUUCGAGGACUUCCCCCAGCCCCCUCUGCUGCCUUUCCUGAAGGUCUGACAAGUCUCCUGGUUUUCUGCUUUAGCAGCUGGUGUCACCACAUUGUGCCAGAACUCAGCCCUCAUUCAGUGCAUGAACCUCUGCCUGGACUGAAGUGAGCUAGAUGGGUGUAGUGCAUCUUUGGGUAGGACACAUCUCUCUGAAAGCUUUGGUGCCUUCUCAGUACAGGGUGAAACUUGACAGCCCAUGCAGCUGGGUUUUGGUCUUGAUGUAGAAUCAGAUGGCCACUUGGCAUUUCUUGGAGUUCAGUUUUUAUUUGGAUAUUUUACUACUACUCUGCAUGUUUUGUUUUUAAUUUGCUUCUUUGGUAAAGAUUGAGGUGCAUUGCUGGAAGAGAUCAUUUAUAUAAUCUGAAUGGGAACAGUGAGGAGGGGAAGAGUAAAUUAAAAUAAAAAUUGGAAGAUUUGAAAUCUUUCUUUGGAAAUUUUCCCUAUAUAAAUGAGGCAAAGGCUUUGCAGCAGAUCUCUACAUUAGAGCUCAGCUUGGAAGCACAGCCUGGUGCCAGAGCAAAGCUGUUCAUGAAGCUUCACACUGGUUAUUCCUGUGAUCCUGCAAGAGAUCACAGGAUCUCUUCAUUACCUUGUCUGCUUCAUUACCUUGUCUUAGGAUAACUGGAUUAUCAGUUAAAUAAACUGAUAAAUGUUUAUUUAGCUACUUCAGCCAGCAGAAGUACAUAUUUACAUACUUCAGUGCUGUUUUUUUACCAGUCCUCGAUGUCUGUCCUCUGCCAGAUUACUCCUCAUAAGCAACAGUAUUGAAACCGUUCUUUUGUACCUCAAAAUUCUGGGGUACUUCCAGAUGGCUGGUUGGUCUCAGCUGCUCAAUUCUAUCCCAUCCCAGUUCUCUCACUAAGUUUAUGACAGUCCAUGGUUUGUGGUACUGCCAGAAAUUAAUUUUGCUCUUGUCUUCUCUCAUUUAUAGUGAAGGACUGAAUUUCAUUUGGUUUUGGUAUUGGUCUAGGCUGUAGCUCUUUCUUGAUCAAUAAAGAACUCUGGAGAAUACAUGGAUAAAUGAAUGGUACUCGUUUAUGCAAGUAUUGCUCAUUUAUGUUUUAAAAAGCUCAUUGUAUAUUAGCAUAAUGGAUUUUGUUGACAAGAUGACGGUAAGUAGGGUGUAACAGCCUGUUCAAUAUGUUGUACUGUUACUUUGUCCUGUGGGUGAAAAGUCUCCUGUGAAAUAUGCAUUAAACCAUUUGUAUGUGCAUGGUUGUGAAUGCCUCAGGUUGGAGAUGCCACAUUCCUCCAAGGAUAGAGAUGCAAGCAAUCACUCAGUGGAUCUGGUGUGCACAGAAAAAUUCAGGAUCCAGACACAUAGGGGUUUGGUUUGCUUUUAAUACAUAUAACUUAUUAUGGAAAUGUAUUGAUUGUCUGGGACUUUGUUCAUUGUAGAUCCACUGAACCUGUUGCUUGUCCAACUCUUUUGUUGCCCACAGUGUUAAAUGGGAGGGCAGAAAUGGCAGUCAGGUUUUUAUCUAAAAUUUUACUGAUGUGAUUGCUUGUUGCAAUGCAUCCAUAAUCCAUCUGUGCCAUGAAACUGGUGCAAUGUUUUGUAAAUAUACCUGUGAGGUGGGUAUUGUCUUCAGUGGUGUCUGGAAUUUCAUUCAGGACAGCUUUACAAACAAAACCCAACCACUGUCAAUGCAGUUUAUUCAGCAUUGUUGGGUUACAUUUGAAUACAUUACCCAAAUUAUUUGAAUUAUUUGGAUAAUGACAAUGCCAAUAAACAUUGAAGAAAAAAAAAAAUUAAAUGCAACUUGUACUAUCCACUGCACAGACACAAUGGUAUUCUGAGGAGAGAUGUAUUGGUAAGAAAAGAGAAAGGAAAACUCAUCUGACCUAUUUGAUGUCACUUCAUUGGUUUUUUCAGUGUUAUUCCAGGUCCCUAGCUGCCAGCCAUGCUCUGAGUCAAAAAUAAUGUGGCCUAACUUUUAAAGGACAGUGGUUUUUAAUGAUUGUCUCUGUAUUUUUGUUACAAAUCUCAUCAACUUUGUCAAGCUCUAAUAGUUUAUAAUUAUUCAUAGCUUCAAGAGAACUCAAAAGCACAAAAUUAAUUCAGCAAGGCAAAAAGUUGAAAUUCUAUUUCAGUUAUUGGAUAUGCAAGAUCUGUUAUAUUCAUUCUAUCAAAGCUGUGUGACUUGGAAAGUAUCCAGUGCCCUCUGUCAUGAAUUACCUGCACUGAGAUUUCAUUAGAGGCAGGGAAAAAAGUAUAAUUUUAUGUUCCUCUGCAAGAGCAUUGUUAAUACAAAUACAAUGUCUAAGCAUUACAUCAUUUAAUCUAGUCCAAUAAACCAUAUUUUUUGUGGA